CCGGGCGUCCACGGGAGUCGGUGCAGACCGGACCCUGCACCGGGGCGAGCUGACAGGAGUUUGCGGCAGCGAUAGAACAUGGAGAUGUCAUGGGCGCGACAGAGCCUGGCGGGGAUACCAGCAGCGUGUGAUGAGUUCCACCCGUUCAUCGAGGCGCUGCUGCCUCACGUCCGCGCCUUCUCCUACACCUGGUUCAACCUGCAGGCGCGGAAGCGCAAGUACUUCAAGAAGCACGAGAAGCGGAUGUCGAAGGACGAGGAGCGGGCGGUGAAGGACGAGCUGCUGGGCGAGAAGCCCGAGAUCAAGCAGAAGUGGGCAUCCCGGCUGCUGGCCAAGCUGCGCAAAGACAUCCGGCCUGAGUUCCGAGAGGACUUUGUGCUGACCAUCACGGGCAAGAAGCCCCCCUGCUGCGUGCUCUCCAACCCCGACCAGAAGGGCAAGAUCCGGCGGAUUGACUGCCUGCGCCAGGCUGACAAGGUGUGGCGGCUGGACCUGGUCAUGGUGAUUUUGUUUAAGGGGAUCCCCCUGGAAAGUACUGAUGGGGAGCGGCUCUACAAGUCGCCCCAGUGCUCGAACCCCGGCCUCUGCGUCCAGCCACAUCACAUUGGAGUCACAAUCAAAGAACUGGAUCUUUAUCUGGCUUACUUUGUCCACACUCCAGGUAGGUCACUCUCCACCCCCCACCCCCCAUUUUAUUUUACUUGCCGCCAUUUGUUUU